AUGCAGACUGCACAGCAGUCGUGGGAGCUCGAGAAUGUCGUCCAACUCAUAGACCCCCGCCGCGAUGCUCUCUACAACUAUGACGCCGAUGCCCACCGCGCCCUCUCUGACACAAAACCCUGGGCCGCUGACCCACGCUACUUCAAAAAUGUCAAAAUCUCCGCCGUCGCUCUGCUCAAAAUGGUCAUGCACGCACGAUCAGGCGGAUCGCUAGAGGUUAUGGGCCUGAUGCAAGGAUACAUCGCAUCCGAGACAUUCAUCGUCACCGACGCAUUUCGAUUACCUGUCGAAGGCACAGAGACUAGAGUCAACGCCCAGGGCGAUGCAAACGAGUACAUGGUUGAAUACCUACAGUCCUGCCGAGAUUCUGGCCGUAUGGAGAAUGCAGUGGGUUGGUAUCAUAGUCAUCCUGGUUAUGGAUGCUGGCUUUCUGGUAUCGAUGUCUCAACGCAGUCGAUGCAGCAGAUGAGUGAUCCAUUUGUGGCCGUCGUUAUUGAUCCCGAUCGUACCAUAUCCGCGGGUAAAGUCGAGAUCGGCGCUUUCCGUACGUAUCCAGAGGGUUAUACGGCACCCAAGGAAUCGAGCGAGGAUGAUGAGUAUCAGAGUAUCCCGCUCAACAAAGUGGAAGACUUCGGCGCACAUGCCUCACAAUACUAUUCGCUGGACGUGUCGCAUUUCAAGAGCACGCUAGAUACGCAGCUUCUGUCGCUACUCUGGAAUAAGUACUGGGUCGCAACGUUGAGUCAGAGUCCGCUGUUCACUACCAGAGACUACGGCAGCAAGCAAAUCAUGGMCCUCAGCCAGAAAGUGAAACGAGCCGCAAAGACAAUCGGAAGUGGCGGCGGCGGAGGUAUGGGAGCAUCAGGGCUACUUGGAGGAGCAUUAGAUGGGGUUGCUGCAGGUGGCGGUAGAAAUGUCCCAGUCAAAGACCAACAGAUUUCCAAGGUUGUUCGUGACGGGAAUCGCAUUGUUGCCGAGGAAGUUAGUGGCCUAGUAGCUGCUGACAUUAAGAAGGGGCUUUUCCAAAAUAUCCCCGAGACAGCUUAA